AUGGGAAACGUCAAAACAUACCUGUUUUGUAAACCCCUCAAGGCUGGGAGAAAAGCGGUGCCGUUUGAGAUCAAUCUUGACCCACAGGGCCAGGAUAUUCUUUUGCCGUGGGGCUUUGCGAACGCAGUGUACCAAACGCUGCGCUUGGAACCAGGUUCAGGGUCCCUACACGCGCCUGUGUGUUCGACUUGGGUCUUCAUGUCAAGGGGGAGCACAAAGAGGAGCCCAACUAGGCCAUUAGGCCGGCCUGAUUCAGAAGCUGUCAGGAAUGGCAAUGUCAUGACAGCCCGGGUUUGCAUAUUGUUGCUUUUGGCAGCCACUCGUGGUGUGUGGAGCAUUCUCGAGCAACCAAGUACAUCUUUGAUGCACCUCCACCCGACUUUCCAGAGGGUCAUGGCCAUGAUGAACAUCAGGCGGUUGGGAAUUCGAAUGUCUGACUUUGGAGGAGCGUCGCGAAAAUCAACACUUCUCUAUUCCAGCCACCAAGAGAUCGACCAAAUGCUGGCUGAGCGUCGACCUGCGACUGGUCCAACAGACCAGCAGCCUCAGAUGACCAUCCGGUACAUAGAUGGGAGUGGGAAGAAUCGCUGCAAGGGUGGAGCUGACCUCAAAGCUAGCCAACAUUACCCGAAAGGGUUUGGCAAGGCUUUGUCCAGGGUACGGUCCAGGAACCAGCAGGCCUUGCGCCGCCAAGCCAAAAGGCUCCUGAAGCUGGCGUCCAGAACGCAGCAUAAUGUGGAUGAGAGGACUACAGUCAACGCCCAUUGGAUGAAGCAUGCCAAUUUGGGCCCUGUUCUUAGCUACCUAGCAGCCAGGACACGCUAGUUUGGCUGCAACCCC